AUGUCGACACAGCGCCCCGUCAUCCAGGCCAUCCCUCCCUUCAAGGGCGCGCCCUUGCAACCCACCGACGCCCAGAACCGUCGUCCCACCGCAGCCGAGGCCUACGUCGCCCUGGCCAACCGCAAAGCAGGCGCCAACGUCGUCUCAACCCGUGCCACUGGCUCCGAAAACUACCGCCCUUCUCACCACGCAGGCUCCAGCCACCACGCCUCCCAACGUCAGCAGCCCGUCCCCGCCGUCGACCGCAGACAGCCUCAGCAUGCUGCCCCAGCUCCCGCCGCCGAACGCCCCAAGCCCACAUCGAGGCUGGAGAGGGAGAAGAAGCGCCAUCACAACGACCCAAAGAACAUCGGCCACUGGCGUCUCGACAAGCUCAUCGGACAGGGCGCCUCCGGCCGCGUCCGCCUCGCCAUCCACGACCAGACAGGCCAACGAGCGGCGGUCAAAAUCAUCCCCAGGACUCUCAUCAACGCAAGUCGAAUGAGCUUGCGCGAUGCAGACGUCAAGGCAAACAAGAUGAUCCUCGGCAUCGAGAGGGAGAUCGUCAUCAUGAAGCUCAUCGAACAUCCCAACCUCCUCGGCCUCUGGGACGUCUACGAAACUUCCAAGGACCUCUUCCUCAUCAUGGAGUACGUCGCCGGCGGAGAACUCUUCGACCACCUCGUCGCCCAGGGCAAGCUCGUCCCACGCGACGCACGCGCAUACUUCCGCCAGAUCAUCUUUGGCAUGGACUACUGCCACCGCUUCAACAUCUGCCAUCGCGACUUGAAGCCCGAGAAUCUGCUGCUCGACGAGACCAAAAAGAUCGUAAAGGUCGCCGACUUUGGCAUGGCCGCUCUCCAGCCCACCGAAAAGAUGCUCGAGACCAGCUGCGGCUCCCCGCACUACGCCAGCCCCGAGAUCGUCAGCGGAAAGCGAUACAAGGGCACCGCCAGCGACAUCUGGAGCUGCGGCAUCAUCCUCUUUGCCCUCCUCUGCGGCCGCCUCCCCUUCGACGACCCCAACAUCCAGCAGCUGCUCGGCAAGGUCAGGGCCGGCAAGUUCAUGAUGCCCGAGUGGCUUGAGCCCGCCUCCAAGGACCUCAUCUGGCGCAUGCUCGAGGUCGAUCCGGAGAAGCGCAUCAAGAUGGCCGACAUCAUGCGACACCCCUGGUUCACCAACAACGGCAAGGAAUCCUCCCACAACCCCGUCUCCACCUCGCUCGAAACCCUCCACAUGGAACAGCUCACCCACGACACCAUCGACCUCGACAUCCUCGGCAACCUCAAGACGCUCUGGUUCGAGCUCAGCGAAGACGACAUUGUCAAAGAGCUUCUCUCCCCUGGUCCUAGCUGGCAGAAGACCUUCUACACGCUCCUCGUCGCCCACCGCGAAAACCACUCGGCCGACGACGAAGACGACAUGGACGACGACAUUGUAAACGAGCAGAUCGUUACCGCCAGUGCCGUUCCGGCGCAUGCCAUGCUCGCCUCGUCGGGCGCUGCAAAGACGCUCGAGAUCGCCAGGCCCCGCCGAACCGGCGAGGGACCCGGUGCUACAUCAGCGCCCUCUUCGCCCAGGCUCGAGAGCUUCGACAUGGAGCGCAGGCACAGCACGCCGGAAAAGGGCUCGGCGUACAACACCGUCCCCGUUCGUACUACCGACGUGACUCCCACCAAGGUGGCAUCGCCCCACGUACGACCGGCCAACCCAUCGCCUCGCUUGCGACCCUCGCCUCUGGAUUCGCCUGCCACCAGCCUCAAGGCUCCCUUUGCCUCUCCCUCCAAGCUCCAGGCUCCCUUGCCCGCGCAGACCGCCCGGCCGAGCGGCAGCCCACGCAGGGAGAGCGAAGGAAGCUACGUGCUCCCGCAAAUCUCGCUGCAGACCGCAUCGCCGCAGCGCAACGAGCGUCCCAACGUCGACUUGCAGCGUCGCAACACUUCGCCCACCAAGGCUGCGCCCGCUAGCGCACCGCCUUCGGCUCGCAUCGCGCUCGCCAACCUGUACGAUGCGCCUGCGUCGGCACAUGGAGCGGCUGCGUCGACGUCGUCGUCGUCCUCCAGCUCGUCGGCAGCCGCGGCGCGAUCGCGUGCCAACCGCGGCUCGGGCUCCGAGAUGAUGCCGCCUCUGGCGUUGCCUGGCCGUGCGUCGUCGCGACCCGUCUCGCCGACCAAGGCUACGUUUGGCGCUGCUGCUGCUGCGGCUCCAGCGGCGCCCCAGCCUGCGGCUCAGCCCGUGCUGCAGCGACCGUCGACGGCACGUGCACACACCACGCACGCCGCACCGUCGAUCCAGGUGCCGCAGGUGGGCGACGCGACCAUGCAGAAGUUCUUCCAGGAGAUCGCCGACGAGCUCGCCUCGAUCCGCGCCACGGGCGAGAAGCCGGAUGCGCUUCAGAGCAAGAUCGAGCAGCUGAAAAAGUCGAUGGCUUUGCAGCAGCAGCCGGCGGCCCCAGCGGCGGCCUCGUCGGCACCUUCGACGAGUGGCCGAGCGGCUGGCGCGAGGGGCUCCGAGAUGAACCAGUUUGAGGAUGCCGAAGACGACGUGAGCGAGGGCGAGAGCAUGCGCUCGGUCUCGCAGGCGUCUUCGCACCAGCAGAGCUACACGCCCUCGACGCCCAUGACGCCGCUGAGUCCGGCUGAACUCAUUGCGCCGCUCUCGCUUACGGACAAGGGGAGCGCGCGGACGAGCAUCGCCAGCACCGUGGCGAGCUCCAAUGCGAGCGCGAGGAACUCGGUGCGCAGUGCGCGCUCUGCCACCGAGGCGAGCAGCUCCGGCGGCACGUCGAGGCCGACGAGCGUAUUCAGCAACAUCAGCACGGGCAGUACUGGGCUCGGUCGCAAGCGCUCGCUGCUCGGGUUGCGACGCGGUGGUGGCGACAAGCAGGCGACGCAGCACGAUGCCAACACGAUCCGAUCCAUCGCGUACGAGCAGACGGCAGCGCCACCUGCGCUGGCGAGCAUCUUUGCGCCGCCUGCUGGAUCGAGCGCGCGUCCGGGCGCCGGCUCUUCGUCGUCGUCGCGCGCGCCCAAGAACCUUGGACUGGGGCUCGACAUGGGCGCGGGCGGCGUUGGUGGUGGGAUGGGCGCCAUCUCGCCGCCUACGACGCCCGUGACUGCAGCGGUGGCCACGCUGGCGCCCGUGUCUGGCGGUGCUGCGCCGGGCAAGAAGGACAGCUGGUUCGCCGGGCUGUUCAACUGGAAGCCGGCCACGUUUACGCUCAUGUCGACGGACAACUUUUCCGAGACGCUCAACGAGGUGGUGCGUCGGCUGCAGAGCUACGGCGUGCGCGUGGCCAUGGACGAGUCGUCGGACGUGCAGCAUACGACGCUGCGGUGCAGCAUGAGCGAGUACCGCGAGUCGAACGGCGUCAUGACGGCGGCCAAGCCGCUGCGCUUCCGCGUGGAGCUCAACAUCCUGCCGGUGGGAUCCGUGGCGAACUCGCCGGCGAUGGGUGGAGGGCUGGGGCUGUCGCUGCACGGCGGUGCGGUGAUGGGCGGGGGCGGACUGCCGUCGCCGGCGCUCAGCACGUACUCGCGCGGUAGCAGCGCGGGCGGCGUGACGUUUGCGACGUCGGUGCUGGUGGUGCAGGAGAAGGGCGCGCUGAGCACGUUUAAGCUUGUGCAUGGCCGGCUGCGUCGCGAAUGGACGCUCGACCUGGCUUCGGCGGUGGAUGCCGAGCUGUGCCGACCGACUCUGGCUUGUCGGGCAUGGUUCGGAGGAGUUUUGGGUGGUUGGGAUUGGAUCCUUCGUUCGGAGAAGAGCGAGGCAAGAAGAGCGGGAAGGGAGGAAUCGGAAUGGAAUGCGGCAUCGGCUUUGGAUCUGCAGCGCCCGCCUCGUUGGGAAAUUUCGGGCCAAAACCUCCACUUUGCUCUUUGGCGCAAUGACACACAUCCACCCACCCGAGGCUCGCCGUACUUUGCUCACUCGCAACCCACCAACAGCUCUACACUCCUAACCUUCUUUCUUCGACCUAGACACCAUCACAGCAUUCUUAGAGGUAUCACCAUGUCGUAUGGAACACACCGAGAUGUGGGCGACGUUCAGCGUCGUGAAGCACAAUACAAUGCGUCGGUAUCGGCUGCUGCCAAAGGCUUUGGACUUGGACUGGCGGGUGCAGCGCCUGGCGCAUACCUUCUCAACCGGAGCUGGCCGGCGUUUCGGGCACUCACACCUGCGAUCAAGCUGUUCUUCGUCUCGUCCAUCGCGAUCGGCACGGGCGUGAUCCGCGCGGAUAAAGCAGGCAUCCAGUUCGACCAGGACCACUACACCGAUGCGGGUGCAGCCAUCCAGCGUCGUGCCCAGACGCGCGAGGAGAGACAGUGGGCGGAGCUGUCGGCGGGCGACAAGGCGCUGACGUGGGCCAAGGAGAACAAGUUUUCCGUCGUCGCAGCCUCCUGGGCCGCCAGCAUGGGCGGCAUCUUUGCAUACAUCCACACCCAGCCCAUGACGUUCGCCCAAAAGCUCGUCCAGGCUCGAGUGUGGGCGCAGGGCAUCACGCUCGCGAGUCUGGUGGGCAUGGCCGCUAUCACCCAGAUUCCGAGUGCGGGCGAUAAGAUCAUCCGUCAGAACAAGGAGGCCAACGCCCACUCGUGGAGAGAGUUCGUGCCCCAAGAACCUGCCCAGGACACUGUCAAGCAGUGA